AUGGUGAUGGAGCAGGUGAGUCUUGCUCAUCUGCACACGCCUGGAAAUGACACGUUAGCUCACAGCAACGUGCCCGUAGCCCAGGCGGAUGUGCCCCGUGCGUCUCUGGCGACCGUGCACGACACCGGGCCCCAGGCUUCGAUCAAAAGGAGCGACGGCGACUUGCAUACAGCUCGCACCGAUUCAAUGAGCAGCAUAAGCUCCGCCAACAGCACGUCAAGUAUUGAGGCUGUGCCGUUCCGUGCGCCACCCCGUGGGAACGUGCGCAACUCGCAAGAGAUGGCACCCCCGGUGUGCGUUCGAGUGCCUGCCGUACAUGCAUCUUUGCCAUGGCAAGCGUCUGCGAGUGGCAGCGAUGUGCCGCCGAUAUCGAGUCCGCCACCGAUCACGCCGAUCUUGGAUGCAGAGGACUCGACGCCCGUGACACCUAUGCCCCAUCGCUCCUCAGAGUCGAGCAAGACAGAGUCCCUCGUGAGACCACCGCCGUGCGUCUCACCAGGACCUGUGGCAAAGCACCGGAUGCCCCCAAAGUAUCCAUCGAGUCGCUGGAUGUACCGCAAUGGGCCCGGCGUUUCGCGCCGUCUGCCGAUGCUCGGCCCGACGGUCGACGACGAUACCCGUCGGUUUAUGUCGCGACCAUCAUCGCGCAACUCAUUAGGGGUGCUGGAUGCGGCAUCUCAGCGUUCGUCCGGCUCAUAUACCCACUCCAAAGCGCACGAGCCCAUGGCUCCUCCCAUCGUGCAAGUCGACGAAGACGCGCGUUCACUUCGUUCUAGCUCGUCUGUCGCGACGCUCGCUCCACGUCAGGACCAGACUAGCGUCGAGUGGUACGCAUCGCAGCUGCGCGACAUGUCGCCCAGGUCGCGCACACUGCACUGGCUCAAUAAUGUGCGUCAACAUGAUGGCCUGCCGUUCGAAGAGUCGCCUGACCGCCCUCGUGCGUGCGACGACGCACGUAAUCUGCUCUUCCGGCACUCCAAUCUGUCCUCGUCUCUCACACUGACACCGCGCUCACCGUCACCACGCAUGCCAGCGUCAGAGACUUCCUCGCUCCUAAUGGAUACGCCACCGUCCCGCCCAAUGCCACUGCAUGCCUCGGAUAUGCCGAACCGCAGCGUCUCAGCCACGCCUGUCACAGUCGCCAGCUCCCAAGGUGCAGCGGACUCGACGCGCCCCACGCGGCGGCGUACCACCUCCGACUUUGUCUUUGGCGAAGUGUUGGGCGAAGGAUCCUAUUCCACCGUGCUCAAAGCUUGGGAUGUCCACGACUGGCCCGAUGCAGAGCGACAUGCUCUUGCUGCCCGCGCGAAUGCACUUAGUGCUACGGCUGGGCAGGCAGGAUCCAUACCUCAGACGGAACACAUGCCCAAGGCGUAUGCGGUCAAGGUACUGGACAAGGUGCACAUUCUCAAGGAAAAGAAGCAAAAGUAUGUACGCGUGGAAAAAGAGGCGCUUAGCUUGCUGGUCAAUACCCCUGGUGUCGUGACUCUGUACCAUACGUUUCAGGACCGCGAAAGCCUCUACUUUGUGCUUGAGUUGGCCGAGAACUGCGAACUCUUGCACUAUGUACAAAAGUAUGGCGCAUUGGACAUCGACUCGGCCACGUUUUAUGCGGCUCAGUUGGCUGACGCCAUUGAUCGGAUUCACCGCGCUGGUGUGGUGCAUCGCGAUAUCAAGCCAGAGAAUGUGUUGCUCGACAAAAACAUGCGUGUGAUGGUGACCGACUUUGGCUCAGCGCGUAUUUUGGUUCGGCCGCCAGAUGGGCCUUCCGAUGAACGCGCUUACAGCUUUGUCGGCACGGCAGAGUACGUGAGUCCUGAGCUGCUGAACGACCAGGUUGUCGGCAUGCCGGCUGACUGGUGGGCGUUUGGCUGUGUGUUUUACCAGAUAAUUGCGGGGCACUCCCCAUUUCGCGCGAUCAACGAGUACCAAACCUUUCAAAAAAUCCUUCAUCGCUCGUUCACAUACCCGCCCAGCUUUCCAGCAGACGCGCGCACUCUUAUUGACGCGCUCCUGUGUCUUGACCCCAAAACGCGCGCGUCAGCCAAAGAUGUCAAGCGCCACACCAUGUUCCACUCGAUCGACUUUGCAACGCUGUGGAUGGUCCAACCUCCCAAAAUUCAGCCGAAUCAAAUGCAGCGCUCACGAGUGGAUGGGCAGCAGCGCGUCAUGGAAGAGCUUGACAAGCUCAUGAACGAUCUCAGUUUCCAGCGCGAAGACUCUUUCGCUUCACAGGAGCCUUCCAUUGCGACGGACGACUCGUCGGUCACUUCCAGCUGCGAUCACUCCAAAAAGACUGUUCCUCCUUCGCGCUCAGCCUCAGGAUCAUCGCGUGGUCGCAAAUCCUAUGCAUGGAACGACAUCUUGUUGCCAAAUGAAGACGUAGCAUUGGCGAGUCCCAUGCUACUGCGACGCGCUGCGAACACGGGCAUGUUUGCUCGAAAAUGCAAGCUCGUACUCACCACCCGUCCACGACUCUUGUGUCUGAAGGAAACGACACGAUCUCCCGAAGUGCUGGUGGACAUUCCUCUGCAUCCACCUGGUGAAGCGACCAACGAUGCGCCAAAGUCUGUGCCACAUCUCGUGAGAAGCGAUUCGCGUCGUAGUGCACAGAGCCAGUCGCGCUCGCAAGGCGCUCCAUCACUGAAGGCACCCAUGCAGGCGAUUACACGCACAUUGGGUUUGCGCCACAAAGACGAUGAUCCCAACGACCAGACGACCUCACCUGAUGCGGCGCCCACACCUGACGAGGCCUCCGACGUGUGGCCUGUGCAUGUGGAUGCGCGUGGCUCGCGCGGAUUCGUUGUACACACACCCGUUCGCCAGUGGCAGUUUGAAGACCCAGCGGGUGACGCAUCGUUCUGGGUCCAAAAUAUCCUCGAGGUACUCCAGUCAAGAAUGACGUAG